AGUAGUCCGGAUUUAAACAAAUGUUUCACUAACAUGUUUGGAUCAAUUUUCGCUGAGCUUGUUAAAGGCAUUCCUGAAUUAAAUGUGGAAUCAAUUGAACCUCUUCGUGUCGAUAAAAUACCAAUAAAUAAGAAAACUGGAGCCAUUAGAUUAACCGGAUCAUUCCAAAAUUAUUUGAUCAAAGGUCUAAAAGCUACAACGAUUAGCGAUGGAAGUAUUGAUUUUGAUAAGAAAAAAUUCAGUAUUACUCUGAAUAUUCCCACUAUUGCUGCAAGCGGCGUUUACGAUUUCAAAGGACAAAUUUUGGUUUUACCAAUUUCUGGACACGGAAAUUCGUUCAUAGAUGUUAAGGGAAGUAUUAAUAAAAUUGUAAUAUCUUUUGAAUUAAUUGAUGUCGAUGGGGUUGAAGUUAUGCGAUUGACGAAAGUCGAUAAUUUCUCCUUGGAAAGGGAAAGUGUUAAAAUCCAAUUGGAUAACUUAUUCAAUGGAAAUAAAUUAUUAGGUGAUAAUGCUAAUAAAUUUAUCAACGAGAAUAGUAAAAACGUAGCGAAACAAGUUGAGAGUGUCAUCGUCGAAGGUUUGGCACCAACCAUCUUGGAUAUUGCAAACAACGUUUUGGAAAAAAUCCCGACAUCAUUAAGUUUACCUCACUUUGAUUUGGUUGAAAAUAAUGGAGUCGAGGUGAUGAGAAUCACGAAAUUCGACAAGGCUAUACUGGAUAGGCAAUUUGUUAAAGUCCAAUUUGAUAAUCUAUUUAACGGAAAUAAAGUAUUGGCCAGUUGGGUACCGACUUGCAAGAGAAAUGGUCCAGAUACAAAUAAAUGUUUCCUGAAAUUAUUUACAUCUCUGAUUCAGCAGACAAUCAAAGGAAACCCAGAACUUAAUAUCGAUCCAAUCGAACCGUUGUUCAUUGAGAAUCUACCAAUAAACAAGAAAAAUGGAGCAGUUAGACUAACUGGUUUUCUUAGAAACUACACCAUGGAAGGAAUGGGAGCCACAAAAAUUUUAGAUGCACAAAUGAAUUUCGACAAAAGGAUUUUCUCCGUUAAUAUGUAUAUGCCUCAAAUGAAAGCAUACGGAGUUUACGAUUUCAAAGGUCAAGUUUUGAUAUUGCCAAUCGCCGGUAAUGGAAACUCUUUCUUGGAUAUUAAAGGAAGCACCAACAAAUUACAAAUGAAAUUUGAUCUUGUGAAUGUGCAUGGAGUUGAGGUGAUGAGAGUAAACAAGAUUCAAAGAUUCGAUUUAGACAGGGACGACGUGAAGAUCAGACUGGACAAUUUGUUCAACGGAAAUAAACUUCUCGGUGACAAUGCCAACAAGUUUAUCAAUGACAACGGCAAAAAUCUGGCCAAACAGGUGGAAGGAGUCAUCACAGAAAAUUUGGAACCCAUCAUUUUGGAUAUCAUUAACAACAUCGUCGAAAAGAUACCAAUCAGCAUAAGUAACAUUAAUAAUAGAAAGAUGUUGAGGAAACUGUGUCUGAUGGUUCUGGUUGCGGCGCUGGUGGAUGGAUACGAGGUGAAGAAAGGACCUUUGCUCAAUUACAGACCUCAUUGGUUGAAGAGUUGCAAGAGGACGGAUCCGAAUAUGAAUAAAUGUUUGACUGCGUUGUUUACAGAGAUGUUUCCAGAAUUAGCAAAAGGUAUUCCGGAGAUGAACAUAGAUAGAUUCGAACCACUCUUCAUCGAUAAAGUUUCUAUAACCAAAGGCGCUGGUGCAGUGACUUUAACUGGAAGUUUUCACAAUUUAACAGUAGUUGGUCCAUCAAAUUCUACUCCUACAUAUACUGAUUUGAAUUUGGAAAAGAACAAGUUGAACUUUGGAAUUUAUCUACCACUCUUGGACAUCAAAGCCAAAUACAAUCUUAAAGGACAAAUCUUGAUCCUUCCUUUAGUCGGACAUGGCAAUUGCGAGUUGUCCCUCAACGGUGUGGACACCAGAGUAAAGUCAAACAUAAGCUUGAAAGAAGUGGAUGGAAGGAAAAUUAUCAGCAUCGACAAUAUGACCGUCGGUUUUAAUAUGAAGAAGGUUAAAGUGCAAUUGGAUAAUCUGUUUAAUGGAAACAAAGUUCUUGGUUUGACUGUGAACACGUUUUUGAAUCAAAACGCUUUGGACGUCGUUGACGAAUUGGAGGAACCGCUCGGUGAAAGUUUAGCGCAAAUAUUUACAGAUAUCACAAAUAAUAUUUUUUCCAAAUUGCCUUUGGACCUGUGGCUUCCCGAAGAAAGCGAGAGCGACGACAAGAAGGAAGAUCAAAAAGUAUUCGAUAGUUUAGCAAAAGACAUAAACGGUAGUUGA